AUGAUGCUAAAGGCCGAGGCAGUUUUACUGGUGACCUUUCUCUUGGUCCUCGGGAACGUAUGGUCAACACCAACAUCGGACCUCUACCAGGAACUAGAGGAGAUCUUAGAAGAACUUGAUGAGGAGACCAGGGAAGUGGAUGCAGAGGGAUCCGAUGGAUUUUCUGAAACGUUAAGCGGAGACCCGGUCGACAUCAUGACGCGAAUGCAGAACGACCCGGUGUAUAACAACGCAAUGGAUGCCUUCGAUGAAGCGAAAAAAGAGCUAGUUAAGGAAAUUAAGUUACGAGAGGAAUAUUUUUUAUCAGGUGAUGACAAGCCUGCUGGUGGAACCUCUUCUGCGUUGAUGGCUGGUCUGAACGACAAUCACAAAGAAUCUGAGGGAGAUUAUGAGAACAAAACCCUGGUAGCUUUGUUUGCCACAAAAAUUCUCUUGAAGGAAUUCGGUAGCUUGGAGAAUAUGCAGAAGGACAAGAGCAUCAGAAAAGCCUUCAGUGAUGAGGCAGGGAAUUGUAAAGGCAACCGUCCAAUACGAGAGGACUGCUCAAGUGAGGAAAAUGCACCUUACCGAAGAAUCAAUGGCACGUGUAAUAAUUUGAAUAAUCCCUCUUAUGGAGCGAGUCACACACCCCAAAUCCGCCUUAUAGCUGCUAAGUAUGAAGAUGAUGUUAAUGAACCAAGAUAUAAAGGGGUGAAUAAGGUUCCUUUACCAAGUGCAAGAGAUGUGUCCGUCAAAGUGCUGUAUAACGAGAGUGAUCCCGAAACACCUUAUGCUCUGGAUUUGACGAUGAUGAUGACGGUCUGGGGCCAGUUCUUGGACCAUGAUAUCACAGAAACCCCAAUGACUAAAGGUUUAUUUGGAACCACUGUGGCUUGUUGUUCGCUGCCAAACAAUGAGUGGAAAUUGAGGAAAAAUCAGUGUUCAGUUAUUCCCAUAAGCCCUGAUGAUUAUCACUACAAACAGUUCGGCGCCACCUGUAUGGACUUAGUGCGAUCGUUACCAACUACAGCAAACCCAUGUAUCCCAGGAGUAAGAGAGCAAAUUAAUGGUAUCACGGCUUUCAUUGAUGCAUCGCAAGUCUAUGGCUCUGAUGACGAAGUCGCUGUUGAUCUAAGAUCUGGCAAGAAUGGUAGACUGAGGGUCGACGGCGAUGACCUGUUACCUCCAAACAUUGAAAGUUCUUGUCUGCUUGAUCCUGGAACGUCUAAGCACUGCUUUUACGCUGGUGAUAUACGUGUGAACGAGAACCCCCACCUUGGAGCAAUACACUUGGCCUUUGUUCGAUUCCACAAUUAUUUGGCGGAUCGCUUUGUGGAAGAAGGCCUUGACGAUGACGAAGAAAUAUACCAAAAGACUAGGAAGAUCAUCGGCGCAAUUAUGCAGCAAGUGACUUACAACAACUGGCUACCUGAGGUGCUUGGGAAGAAGGCCAUGGACAAGUACAAGCUUACCUUGGACGGCAAGGACCCUUACCGAAGUAAUCAGAACCCUUCCAUCCAGGUUCAAUUCAGUACAGCCGCCAUGCGAUAUGGCCACACACUAGUUGAUGGGCUAUUAAGAAUGCUGGAUGACUGUAACAAGGACGCUUAUAAACCGGAAGACCUCUCUAACCACUUCUUUAGACCAGAUUUACUUUUUGACAAGGACAAAUUGAAUAAAAUGAUGGGUUGGGUCCAUAGAGCACCUUGCAAAAGAUCGGACGCAUAUGCUACACCAGCUAUACACAAUCAUCUGUUAAAAGAAAAAACAUCAUUCGGACUUGACCUUGCUGCACUUAACAUACAAAGAGGUCGCGAACAUGGACUGCCAGGCUACAAUGCAUAUAGAAAAUAUUGUAAAUUGAGCGUGGCUGAUAGCUUCCAAACCCUUGAAGACCACGACAUUUCUUUAAUAGAACAAUUGAAACAAACAUACGAUGAUGUGAACGACAUUGACUUGUUCGCCGGUUUGUUAUCGGAGACUCCUGUAAGCGAUGGUCACGUGGGCCCUACCCUCGCUUGUCUGUUAGGGAAGCAAUUCCAGGCUUUGAAACGAGGCGAUCGGUACUGGUAUGAGCGUUCUACAUUGGAAGGGUUAACACAAGAGCAGAGGGAUAACAUCAACGAAUUCAAGUUAGGCAAAGUCUUCUGUCAGUUUUUCGAAAUUGAGCAAAUCCAAGAAAACAUAUUCAGAAUACCAAGGAUGAAUGAAUUCAGGCCCUGUUCCUCUCUACCAGAUAUAGAUGUCAGCCUUUGGUUGGACGAUUGA